AUGUCUGGUCUCAACUCGCGCAACCAGAGCUUCACGCUCGACAAGCUCUUCGACGUCUCCAACAAGGUCGCCCUCGUGACCGGCGGCGGGAGCGGCAUAGGGCUGAUGAUCACCCAGGCCCUCGCCACCAACGGCGCAAAGGUCUACAUCUGCGGCCGCACCGAGGAGAAGCUCGAGCGCGUGGCCGAGCUCUACGGCAAGGGCAUCCCCGGUCAGAUCAUCCCCGUGACGGCGGACGUCUCGCAGAAGGAAGACAUCAAGAAACUGGUGCAGGAGAUCUCGUCCAAGGAGAAAUGCCUCUGCAUCCUGGUCAACAAUGCCGGCAUCGCCCUCAACACGCACCAGACCGAAGCCUCCUCAGCCGAGGAGAUGUCCAAGAACCUGUUUGACGACGAGAAUGAGACGUUCGACAUGUGGACCGACACGUACCGCACCAACGUGCCGCAGCUGUUCUUCAUGACCACAGCCUUCCUACCACUCCUACAGGCCGCGCACCAGCACAACGACAACUUCUCGGGCACCGUCAUCAACAUCUCGUCCAUCUCGGGCAUCGUCAAGACCGCGCAGCACCAUUUCGCAUACAACGCCAGCAAGGCGGCCGCAAUCCACCUGACGUCCAUGCUGGCCAACGAGGUCGCGCAGAACGGCCUCAAGAUCCGCAUCAACAGCAUCGCGCCAGGCGUGUUCCCCAGCGAGAUGACCGCCCAGGAGAGUGGGGAUGAUCAAAAGUCCCACCUCCCCGGUGAAAAGUACGAGGGUAAGGUCCCCGCCCGCCGGCCCGGCGAGGACAGGGACAUGGCCAAUGCCAUCCUCUUCGCUGCGACUAACCAGUAUCUCAACGGCCAGACCGUCGCCGUGGAUGGCGGGUACAUCCUGAGCGCGGGAAGCGGGCCGUGA